UGACUGCAUGGGCACAAAUUCCCACAGACACACUUCAAAAUCAUGUGGAAAGCCUUCCCAGAAGUCUGGUGGAGGCUGGUAUAGGUGCAAGGGGGGCAACACCAUUUUACCGCCCAUGGUUUUGGAGUAGGACCAACAGGGUCACAUUGGUGUGAUGGUCUAGUGUCCAGAUACAUUGGGCCUUAGUGUUGUUUAGCAGUUUAAUACAGUACAAUUAUAGAUAUAGGGCAUUCUAAGCAACAUUACACUAUUUAUCAGUAAACUCUGGUGAAUGCACAUUAAUACAGUCUAGGUUUGAAGGAUUAUAUGCAAUGCCACGUGUGCUGAACUGAGGCUGCGGGCUACAGUGUGAAAGUCCCACAAGAAUUAACCGAUGACAUCAUUGCACAGAAUGUGGGGACACAACAGAAUUUCUCAUCCAAUAGUAGAGCAAGAGAGAAUGGAACCUGGCCAAUCACAGAGCUUCUAGAGACAGAGGGAUGAGUCUCUGUUGACUGACACAGUCAAGCAGCUCUGAGAGAGGGAGGCAGCUGGAGCGAGAGAGGGAGAGAGAGAAAGAGAGAGAGAGGGGAAAGGGAAAGGGUGGGAGGGAGGAGCUAGAGAGCAAGGAAAGGGGGGGGAUGAGAAAAGGGAGGGGCUUCCUAAAGACAGCUUGUGUGAAAGUAAGAGAGAGCGAGAGACAAAGGAGAGAGAGAGAGAGAGAGAGUGAUGUUGUUGCUAGGGAACAGUGAAAAUGAGCGGUCGUCCAUCUUUGCCAGCCUGUAUCGGAGCAGAAACAGGGACAUAGGCAGGAUGGUCUUCUUUUAGACAGGUGGAAUAGCGUCCAUAUUAAAAAGAAAGGGCUUUUUCAUUAUGUAUUGAAAGAGAAAAGCAGACGGCAGAGGGAGGUGGCUGAGCCCCCAAGGUGAGAUUACGUAAUCAUCCCAGCACUGUUUGCUGCUUGGUGGCCGUCGCUGGAGAGGGAUUAUGAUCGUAUCCUGGCUGGAGCAGCGGCUAUUCUGAACAUAAAAGUGAGAAUAUCCCUAAGCCCCUGUGGAGAUGAGCCAAAUCCAGCAGUGGAACAUCCACCCAGGCAGUAGCAAGCACUGGAGGCAAAGGCAGCCUGGGUUUACCUCUUCUAGCCCAAGGGAAAGGAGCCACUACUUGUGAGUGCCAGCCACCAGCUGUCUUUUCCUGGCCAGAGAAUCAGAGAGAGAGGAGGAAAAAGGAAGAGAGACAUAGUGUUGGUGACUUCCUCUUCCUACAGUGGAACAUUAUGGAUUUAAGAGGAUGCCGGCUGACAAAGGAGCAAGCCCAAACCUGAGCGAGUGAGCGGAGAGAAAACAGCAGGAUAACAUAGCUCACGUAGAGACACUACUUAUUCUGCGUGCGGCCUGGCUGAGCCUCCAGACAGGGGAAUGGGCACGACAGAGGCCACUCUCCGCAUGGAAAACCUGGAGGUGAAGGAUGAGUGGCAGGAUGAAGACUUCCCUCGGCCUCUGCCAGAGGAUGGAGACUUAGACGGCCUUACUGACAACAGAACUUCACCUCCUGGCUCCCUGCAUGGAGGCCAUGGAGGCUCAGCAGCACAAAGGAAGCGCCGGACGCUGGUCGCCCCAGACAUUAACCUGUCUCUGGACCAGAGUGAAGGGUCCAUCCUCUCAGAUGACUUCCUGGACACACCUGACGACCUGGACAUCAACGUAGAUGACAUUGACACACCAGACGAAACUGAUUCGCUGGAGUUCAUCACCAAUGGCAACGAGCUGGAGUGGGAAGAUGACACCCCGGUGGCGUGUGCUAAAGGAGGCCCGAGUGAUGGUUCAGGACAAGGGGGCGAGGAGGGAGAGGGGUCAGGACGUCUGUGGAGGACUGUGAUCAUCGGGGAUAAGGAGCACCGGAUAGACAUGCAGGUCAUCAGGCCCUAUCUGCGAGUGGUCACUCAUGGAGGUUAUUAUGGAGAAGGCCUGAAUGCCAUCAUCGUGUUUGCGGCCUGCUACCUCCCCGACAGCGGCUGCACAGACUACCAUUACAUCAUGGAGAAUCUCUUCUUGUAUGUCAUUAGCAGUUUGGAGUUGCUAGUAGCUGAAGACUACAUGAUCAUCUACCUGAAUGGAGCCACUCCGCGCAGGAGAAUGCCCGGCAUCAGCUGGCUCAAGAGAUGCUACCAGAUGAUCGAUAGAAGGUUAAGGAAGAACCUCAAAUGCCUGAUCAUUGCGCACCCAUCCUGGUUCAUUCGGACUGUUCUGGCCAUUUCUCGGCCUUUCAUCAGUGUGAAGUUCCUGGAUAAGAUCCGCUAUGUGCAGAGUCUGGAGGAGCUGGCUCAGAUUGUCCCCAUGGAGCAUGUGCAGAUUCCAGAGUGUGUGCUGCAGUACGAUGAGGAGCGCCUCAAGACCCAGACAGAAAGGCUUGAACAAGACCAGAAACAAACAGACAAAUCAGUCCCAGAAAGGCCUGUGUCCGUGGCUGCGGAGGCUUAUCCAUGAGUGCUGUUGACUGCUUAAACGAAGGAUCAUUUAUGAAAGCAAAGAUGCCAAGAACUACUAAUUCCUCAUCUUCGUCAUGUUCCUACAAUCCAGCAAUUCAUCUUCAUCCUUUUGUCUGAAGAGGAGUUUGUUAAAUCAGCUCCAGAUAUGUCAUGUUUUUGACCUGAACAGUGGGGCACAGCUGUUCAAAUGGAAAAUGGAAAAAAGAGAUGUGUCUGAAAACAAAGCAGACUCUAUUGUGCAAUAGUUAUUUUCUUUCUCUUGAACUGCAACACCUGUGAAAACUCAAGCAGCCUGUGUAAAGAAAAAGUGACUCUUUGGAACAAUUCUUCAGGUUCUUGUUGUACAGAACUCAUGUGAAGCCUGCAAUAGAUACACAACCAGCCCUCCAGUGGAACAUCCAGCCUCGUCUCUAGCCAACCUCUACCAGAGCGCAUGGAGAAUCUCUGUUUUGAUAUAAUGUUGCAACUUCUUGAACUGUUACGUAUAAACAAUGUGACACAUUUUGGUUCUCUUUCAAUAGAAGGAACUAUUUGUCGCUG